AUGGACGAAGAUGGCGCCGAUUCUGCUCUGUCCACCCUCAUAGCACGCAUCGAGGCCUAUGCUGCCGACCCGACCACCUUCGCCAUUCCCGGACCCUCGACGCGGCACGAGCUAUGGCUUGAGGACGAAUCACAGCGCAUCGACGCAGCGACCCAGCUGUCGGAAGAGCUCAUGGCGCUGCAGAGCAUCUACACGGACGAUGCGAUACACGUGCUCAAGAUCGCUCCUCUCGGUGCAGAGCCCGCAGCCACCUCGUCGGACGACCAGCUGGGCAAGGAGGACGUUGCCGACCCAAACGCUUGGCUGCCAGGAUGCAAGAUCACGCUGUCGAUAUCCACCGAUGUCGAGGCACAAGACGAAGCGAUACCAAUACGACUCGCUGUGACGCUACCACCGUUCUACCCGCACAGCUCGCGUCCACCACAGCUGCAGCUCAUGUCGCGGUACGUCGGCGGGUUUAGCGUGGAUCCGAAGCUGUUUGGCGAGAUCUUGCGGGCGUUCUACCAUCAGACGGAGGAAGCAGCAGAUGCGGCGGAGGAGGACGGUGAAGGUGCAGCCUGGAUCGGCGGGAGCAUGGACAGGGGCGUCAAGUGGACGCCUGGCGAAGUGGUGCUGUUCGAAGGGAUCGAGUGGGUCAAAGAGAAGGUGACGGAUUGGUGGGGUGAGAAGGAGGCGGAGCGUCUUCAAUCUGCUCCAACUUCCUCGCUCAACGAUACCACCGAGCAGUCCGACGAAAAAGUCACCACGUUCACGCCAGCGCCGUCGAUCAAGCAACCCGCCCCUUUCACAGGGACGCUCUUCCAAACCACCUCGAUCAUCGAGCGCAAAUCCGAAUUCAUCGGGUACGCCGCCUCCAUCACGUCCCCCGCACAGGUCGCCUCGGUUCUCACCCGCAUUCUGUCGGACAAGCGCGUCGCCCGUGCCACGCACCCGAUCAUCAAUGCGUGGGUGUGCCGGUCCUCAGACGGCAUUGUCCACCGCGACUGCGACGACGACGGCGAGACGGCGGCGGGCGGCCGACUCGCCCAUCUGUUGGGGAUCUUGGAGCUGGAGAACGUCAUCGUGGUGGUGACGCGCUGGUACGGCGGCGUGCAUCUCGGUGCGGACCGGUUCAAGCUGAUCAACCGUGCGGCGAGGGAGGCGUUGGAUCUGGGCGGGUUCGUGGGCAAGAAUGCGGAGGAUGAGGCGGGGAAAGGAAAAGGGAUGGGGAAGAGACAUUCGUGA